CGAUGGCUCUCCUCAAACUUCUUCUUCUCAUGCUGUGGCUUGGUCUCGCCACGAGCUCGGAGCUGCAUCGUCAGAGGAGACUCAUUGGAGGUUCGACCUGUCGACGAACCGAGCGUCGCUACCAUGUGAAACUGGUGGCGACAAACGGCACACAUGAAUCUCUCUGCGGAGGCUCUCUGAUCAGGUCCCAGUGGAUUCUCACUGCAGCUCACUGCUGGGAACCCGGAUGGACCAUGAAUGCAACUGUAGGAGUUCAUCCGGUUCCAGGAGAGCAGCCUCAAGUCAUUACUGAACAUCACAUCUUUCAGGACCAAAAUCGGAGGAGUCAUGACAUCAUGCUGCUGAAGCUGCCGAAACGGUCCACGAUUACACCUGUGCCUCUUCCUGACUGUCAAAAUCGGCCCACCAUCGGAGACUGCGUUCGGGCGGCAGGAUAUGGUCCUGAUCGGAUGGGCCCAUACAAUGAGAGAAAACCUGGUGAGUCCAGGACUCUUCAAUGUGCCAACUUUGACAUUGUGGACUGCAGAAAUCUCUGGAACAUUGUGAACAUCGAUGCCCAGGACCCUCUGAAUGUCGAAGACCAAGCCAGACUGCAUCAGCACUGGUUCUGUGUUCAAAGCCCGAGAAAGGACAUAUGUCGAGGAGACUCUGGUGGAGGUGUGGAGUACGACCACAAGAUUUAUGGAGUCAUUUCUUUCACCGGUGAUCCUUCGUUCGCCUGCACUGAAGCAGCUGGCAUUAUAGACGUUUGCAGUUACAUGAAUUGGAUCAAGAACAUCAUCAGCAACAACUCAAAUCGUGGUCAUGGCUAAAUGAAUAACUGCAUAAAUUUGAACAUGCUGUGCAUCUGCUCCAACUUCAUUCUUUCCUGAUAUCGAUCUUCCAGUUUAUUGCUUGCCUAUAAAGUCUCAUCAUUACAGCUGUUGUUCUCUCCCGUCUC